AGUUUGAGUCGUGCAGGAGGGGGCUUGUUUUUAGCAGUAAGCAAGGUCGUUCUUUGUGUCAAAAAAUCUACCUGUGACGAAUACUCAGUUUUUGUUAUUUACAAGAAUUUAGUGACUGUUUGUGCACAGUAACAAAGGUCGUAGUGCGCGUAUGUCGGUUAUAGAAAUCAAUAUUUAAAGAAAUUUGUCAUUUCGAACGUUCCAAUGAGUUUGGGAGUAGCUAACAAAGAUGGAACAAAUGAAGGCGAAGUGUUUGUUCAGUUUAAUCAAGACUGCACGUCUCUGGUAGCCGGCAGCAGUAACGGCUAUCAUCUUUAUGGGCUGACUGAUGAUGGCAUCGAGGAAAUUUAUUCAAGCCGGUCCGGCCAGGAAACCUGCCUGGUGGACCGGCUGUUUAGCAGCUCCUUAGUUGCUAUUGUAACCGUCGCUGCCCCAAGGAAACUGAUCGUGUGCCACUACAAGAAGGGCACCGAGAUUUGCAACUACAGUUAUAGCAACACGAUUUUGGCCGUGAAACUGAACCGAUCCCGGUUGAUAGUCUGCUUGGAGGAGUCGCUGCACAUCCACAACAUCCGAGAUAUGAAAAUCCUGCACACGAUCCGCGACACGCCGCCCAACCCGCGCGGCCUGUGCGCGCUGUCGCCCUGCGUCGACCACUGCUACGUGGCCUACCCCGGCUCCAGCGCCGUGGGCGAGGUGCAGAUCUUCGACGCCGUGCACCUGAACGCGAAGUGCGCGAUCAGCGCGCACGACAGUCCGCUGGCGGCGCUCGCGUGGUCCAUGUGCGGGCGGCGGCUGGCCACGGCGUCCGAGCGCGGCACCGUCAUCCGCGUGUUCGCCGUGCCCGAGCGCACGCGCCUCUACGAGUUCCGGCGCGGCGUGAAGCGCUGCGUGUCCAUCGCCUGCCUGGCCUUCAGCGCGUGCGGCGCCUACCUGGCGGCCACGUCCAACACGGAGACCGUGCACGUGUUCCGGCUGCAGGAGGCGGGCGGCGAGGCGGCGGCCGAGGAGGCGCCGGCCGGCGGCGAGGCGGGCUGGUACGAGUGGCUGUCGCAGGCCGUGUCGGCCGGCGCCGGCUACCUGCCCGCGCAGGUGGCCGACGUGCUGGCGCAGGGCCGCGCCUUCGCCGCCGCGCGCCUGCCGCACGCCGCGCGCCGCUCCGUGGCCGCCGUCACCGCGGUGGCGCGCGAGGCGCGGCUGGUGGUGGCCACGUCGGAGGGGCUGGUGUACGUGUUCGCGCUGGACACGGCGGAGGGCGGCGAGUGCGCGCUGCUGCGCACGCACCGCCUGGCCGACACCGCGCCGGCGCCGCGCGCGCCCAACGAAGUGAAACGAUUGCGAUUCGGGCGACCUGUACGGUAUCUAUCCCGGCCGACCUGUGCCCGCCCCGCCCCCGCCCCGCCCCCGGCCGGGCGCGGGGCGGGCGCGCGCGCUGACGGCCUGUUCCCCGCAGCCGCGCCGGGCUGCAGGUACGCGGACGCGCUGCGCGGCCGCCAGCCGGACGCCGCCGCAGACGCGGAGUGCGAGCGCCAGCUGGGCGCGGCGCUGGCGGGCUCCCCGCCGCGCGGCGUCUUCGACCUGCGCGACCAUCGGGACUUCCCCUCCUUCCCGCGCGCCGGCCGCACGCCCCGCCCCGCCGCCCCGGCCGCCCCGGCCGCCCCCGCCGCCCCGGCCGCCCCGGCCACCGCCGACGCCAAGUAG